AUGGCGACGAGCUCCGCUCCCGAUAUCGACAUGGUCAUCGAGGAAACGAGAAGGACCCCAUUCACAAACAUAAUCACCAGCGUAAGACUGCAUCACGUUGGGAAACUAAAAUUCCCCGAAUACGCCGGGAACACAAACCCGAAGGCCCAUGUGCAAGCUUUCCGUCUAGCGAUAUCAAGAGCACACCUCACCGACGACGAAAAAGAAGCUGGAUACUGCCGUUUCUUUGCCGAGAACCUCACUGGAGUCACACUAGAGUGGUUCGCUAGACUAGAAGAAAAUUCUAUCGACAACUUUACCCAGUUGGUAUCUACGUUCCUCAAACAAUACUCAGUCUUCAUAGAGACAAGAGUUACCAAAGAAGAUCUCUGGAAUCUCAAACAAGCGCCUUUCAAGCCAUUAAGAGCAUACAUAAACAAAUUCCGAGAAAUCAAAGCUAAGAUCUCACAUCCGAACGAAGUCGUUGCCCUCGCAGCUUUAAAGAAUGGUGUCUGGUUCUCAUCCAAAUUCAGGGAAGAAUUGGCGGUACGAGCACCUAUCUCGUCGGACGACACCCUACACCGAGUCUCUUAUAUCGCCACUCACGAAGAGGAAGUCGCAGCCCUGAAAGAACAAUAUAGCGCGAACAAGAACAACGCAACCAAAAAACCUGCUACUCCUAAAGAACGAACCACCAAAGGGCAACAUUCCUACGCAAUAAAUAAUUCGCCGCAAAAGUCUUCAACAUACAACCUUAGCAAAUACUGUGCUUUCCAUGAUCGCAAGGGCCACUCGACCGAAGAAUGUCGAGCCGCACUUCGCAAUCAAAACGAAAAAUAA